GGAUGUGGCUGUGGACUUCACCCCAGAGGAGUGGGGCCUCUUGGACCAUCCUCAGAAGGAGCUCUAUAAGGAGGUCAUGCUGGAGAAUGCCCAGAACCUGCUGUCCCUGGGUCUGCCAGUUCCCAGAGAAGAUAUCCUCUGUUAUUUGGAUGAAAAGGAAGCACCAUGGCUGCUGGAACAAGAAGGCCUGAGAAGCUGCUGUCCAGAAGGGGAGAUUAAAAUGAAAGAGACUACUGCGAAGCUAAGCAUUUCUGUGGAAGAAACUCACAAGCAAAGCUUCAUGAGUGAUAGUCCCUGUGACUUCAGUGGGAGACAAAUUUGCACUGUAUUUCUUAGAAUCCAUGCAGGAGAGAAACCUUAUGAUUGUCAUCAUUAUGAAAAAGACUUGAGUCAAGAGUCAUCCCUUAUAUAUCAUCAAAAAAUUCAAACAGCAGAGAAACUAUGUGCAUGUCAUGAAUGUGGUGAAGCUUUUAGUGAACACUCAUCAUUCAUUAUUUAUCAGAGUACUCAUGGUGACAGAAAACUUGAUGAAUGUAAUCAGUGUGGAAAGGCUUUUAAAAGUACCUCUGAACUUGCUGUACAUCAGAGAAUCCACACUGGAGAGAAGCCUUAUGAAUGUAAUCCAUGUGGAAAGGCUUUCCGUUCCAGCUACAGUCUUGCUGUACAUCAGAGAAUCCACACUGGAGAGAAACCUUAUGAAUGUAAUCAAUGUGGUAAGGCUUUUAAAAGAAGCUCUCAUCUUGUUGUUCAUCAGAGAAUCCACACUGGAGAGAAACCUUAUGAUUGUAAUCAGUGUGGAAAGUCUUUUAAAAGACGCUCUGAACUGGCUGUACAUCAGAGAAUCCACACUGGAGAGAAACCUUAUGAAUGUCAUCAAUGUGGAAAGUGUUUCAGUUGCAACCCCAGUCUUGCUGUACAUCAGAGAAUCCACACUGGUGAGAAACCUUAUGAAUGUAAUCCAUGUGGAAAGACUUUCCGUUCCAGUUACACUCUUGCUGUACAUCAGAGAAUCCAUACUGGUGAGAAACCUUAUGAAUGUAAUCAGUGUGGAAAAGCUUUCACUCAGAAGUCCAAACUUGCUAUACAUCAGAGAAUCCACACUGGAGAGAAACCUUAUGAAUGUAAUCAGUGUGGAAAAGCUUUCACACAGAGUUCCAAGCUUGCUAGACAUCAGAGAGUCCACACUGGUGAGAAACCUUAUGACUGUAAUCAAUGUGGAAAGGCUUUUAAAAGUACCUCUGAACUUGCUGUUCAUCGGAGAAUCCACACUGGUGAGAAACCUUAUGAAUGCAAUCAAUGUGGAAAUACAUUCAGAUUUAAAAGCUAUCUUAUUCUACAUCAGAGAAUCCACACUGGAGAGGAACCUUAUCAAUGUAACUUGUGUGGAAAAGCUUUCUGUUCCAGCUACAGUCUUGCUGUACAUCAGAGAAUCCACACUGGAGAGAAACCUUAUAAAUGUAAUCAAUGUGGAAAGGCUUUCACAGAGAGUUCCAAGCUUGCUAAACAUCACAGAAUCCACACUGCUGAGAAACCUUAGGAAUGUAAUCAGUUUGGAAAUGCGUACAGAUUAAAAACCAUCUUAUUCUACAUCAGAGGAUCCACACUGGAGCGAAACUCUAUAAAUGUGAUCAAAGUGGAAAUGCUUUUAAAAGAAGCUCUAAUCUUGCUGUAUAUCAGAGAAUCCACACUGGCUUUGAAACCUUAUCAGUGUAAUCCAUGUGGAAAGGCUUUCUGUUCCAGCUACAGUCUUCCUGUACAACAGAAAAUCCAUGCUGGUGAGAAACCUUAUGAAUGUAAUCAGUGUGGAAAAAAAGCCUUCACACAGAGUUCCAAGCGUACUAGACAUCAGAAUCCACACUGAAGAGAAACCUUAUGAAUGUUAUCAAUGUAGAAAAUCUUUCAGUUGUAGCCCCAGUCUUGCUGUACACCAGAGAAUCCACACUGGAGAGAAACCUUAUGAAUGUGACCAAUGUGGAAAGGCUUUUAGAAGUACCUCUGAUCUUGCUAAACAUUCAAGAAUCCACAGUGCAGAGAAAACUAAUGUGAUAAUACCUUGUAAACUCUCACCUUACUAAACAAAUCUGAUGAAAGAGAAGUCUGAGAGACAUAAUUUCUAGGUAAUUGUUUCAUUAAUUAUGGCUAGUGAAUACUUAAUAGAAGGAUGAUCAUUUAUGUCUCUCCUAUAAACCAAAGAUGAAUAAUGGAGGUCUCUCAAUACUUAUAUGCCCUUAGAUAAGUGGGUAUUACCAACAAACAUAAAUCAACUCUGAUUGGUUAAAAAUGAAUAUUAGAAUGAGAUUUGGGCUUAUUCCAGUGAGGGGCUGGGCAACAUGACUCAUCACUCGAUCUUGGACAAAGAGACUUAUCUCUAUCCAGACUACCCUUGCCUAGGACAAUGUAGCCAAAAGGGGGAAUCCAUUUCCCCAAAGAUGUGUCUGACUAAAGUACAAUGGGCCAGAACUCACCUGGACUAAAACCUCUUUACCUUUUAGUCAGACCUAAACUUUCCCAGUUGGGUUGGUGUUGCCCAAGAUUUCAUCUCAUCAUCAGCCAUGCCCUUCAAAGGCCAACGGAAUCACCUACAGGCACUGAUUUCUGAAUAAGCGAAUAGAAAAGGGGAAAAGCUUACUCCUAAUUCAAUAAUUGCUUAUUAAUAUGGGAGAAAUUAUCAUUUCUCUCAUAUCAGAGAAUCCAUUCUAGAGGACCUGCCUUGUUAGUGUAAUCAAUAUGAGAAAGCAUUCAAGCUAAAGGCAUCCCUCAUUUCUUCUCAGAAUUCAUGUGAGAUUGAAGUCAUUCCUGUAAUGAAUGUAGAAAGACAUCAGAUGGUAUAUAGAACUUGUUAGACAUCAGAAAUUUCACCUUGUGAACAAGCCCUAUCUGGACUCAAUUGGGAAGGUCUGCAGCCAGAGAUCAUUUCUUCAUUUUCAUCAAGGAUUCAUAUUGGAGAGAAGGGUUAUGAAUGUGCUCAAUGAGUAUCUGCCUUUUCUGGAAGAUGGAGGUCACUAGGCACCACAAUAUUCACACCAGAAGGAAGCCUUAUAAAAGCAAUAAAUGUGGGAAGGCCUUCACUUGGAGAAAUCUUCGUGGAGAUAAUGCUUAUGUAUCUAAUAAAAGAGGGAAGGCAUCUCUCUUGCAUCACAGCCUCAUGAGACAUCACAAAUCUCAUACUGUGCAUAAAACUUUGAAAAUGGGUUGAAUUUUUCUGUGAAAUCCCAAGGUUUCUCCUGACUCCCCUAAAAUAUUACAUGGCUCCUGCUACAGGCUUUCCAACUUAACUGCACUCUCCUCCCACUGCAGUGAGACAGACCUUUCUAGCUCACCCUCCAAGCUGUCUUAGGCUGGUAAUCUGCUUCACUGUUCCAAAACUAGUUCUGAGCCAUCAUUGCAAGGUUGUUUGGAAGGGAACAGGCAUGUUACUGCCUCACCUUGCUGUCUUGGCUUCAGAGGUUACUCUGAAUACCCAUUUUUGCAGGAAAUAGUCAUUUGAUAGCUGGAAUUUUCUUGAAAAGAUCUCUUGUCUUUCCCAUUCGAUAGUUUUCUUCUAUUUCUUUGCUCGUUGAAGAAAACUUUAUUUCCUCUUACUGUUCUCUGGAAUUCUGCAUGCAUUUGGGUAUAUCUUUCACUUUCUCUUUUACCUUUCCCUUUCUUUCCUCAGCUAUUAGGCCUUUUCAGACAGCCAUUUUGCUUUCUUCCUCUUCUUUUUCUUUGGAGUAUAUUUAGUUGGUGCCUACUGUACAAUAUUAAGAACCUCUGCCCGUGGUCGUGCAGGCGCUGUCAGAUCUAAUCCCCUAAAUCUUCAGGUGCAUAAGCAAUGUUAUUUAGGUCAUAUCUGUAGGGUCUGAUGCUUUUCCGUAUUUUCUUCAUUUUGAGUCUGAAUUUUGCCAUAAGAAGCUCAUGAUCUGAGCCUCAGCUCCAGGGUGUGUUGUGACUGAUCUUAUAGUCAGUUUCACCACCUCUGCCUUUUUGCCCUUGAAAAUGUUUUAGGUUUUCAUAGAACUGAGUAACUUUGGGCUCUUGUUACUGUGAUGUUGAAUGGUUUGCCUUGGAUUUGGACAGUACUUGACUAUACCUUGGAAUAAUCUUGCUGGAGAUAAAACUUAUGAAUCUAAUUAACAAGAUUAGGUCUCUUGCUGAGGACCUCAUUAGAUUUCCCAGUCUGAGACCUCAUUAAACAUCCAAAAUUACUCACUGUGGAUAAAUCCCUAUAAAUGUCCUACCUUUUCCCCCUGAAAUCUUGUUUCUCAUUCUUCAGUGAUAUUUCUUUGAAUUCAUAUAGUACGAUUUCUUUAGCUACCCAAUGAUUGAUGGGUACUCACUUUGUUUCUUCUUCUUUGCUGGCACAAAAAGUUCUGGUAUAAGCAUUUUGAUAACUGCAAUCAGAAUAUUAAAAUCAUAGCUAGACAAAGUGAUUUUCUAUGUUAAGAUAAUUUGGAAAAUAUAUUCAACUGAAUUGAUGUCAUUUGAUUGGCAACAAGUUUUUGUUUUAGGUCUGUGUUGUGAAAACACUAAGAUUUUUAAAAAUCUGUAAUAUUGCUUUUGUUAUAAUGCUUCAAAAUUUUCUUUUAUUGUGAUUUUGGGAAAUUAUUUGAUAAGAAAUGUUGUUAAUUUAAAAAAUGAUACCUAAAGGAUGAUACAGUUGUAUUCUUAGGACAUCAACUCCUCUUUUGAUCUGGAUGCUGUGAGACAGCAAAUUAAACUGUUAGAGAAUGUGGUUAUAAUGUUUAAAAACUGCUAAG